GGUAUUAUACUCUGGUUAUUGAUCUGAUUGGUCAAUUACGUCGCGAUGUUAUUGGUCGUCUGUCAGUUAAGCCGUGAUGUUAUUGGCUAUGAAGACUCGUAAUCAGUAAUUGGUGCGUUUCGAUCCGUCUAUUGUCACAGUUAAAAAGUCGUCUAUUGUUAGUCAAAUUGUCAGUUCUCCAGUCGUUCUCUCGCAGUUAGUUCUGCUUGAUCUCGUCAAUAAGUCGUUUGUACGGCGCUGGUAACUGUAGGCUACGAUUCAGUGGCGUUUGUUCUAAGUUAGUAAACCAGCUUUCUAAAGUAAGACGUUGAUAGUAGUCUGUAGAAUACGUUAUACAUGACGCAAAGUCCCAGUCAGUUUGAUGUUUCGUCUUUAAAUGGUGCUCAGCAAUGUGAUUGUUGACGUCACCAUUUCUCGUCGCUCGUUUGUGUUCGGUCAGUCGCGUGCUUAGGUUUCUGCCGGUUUCACCAAUGUAAGAAGCCUGGCAGUCGCAGCAUUUGAUCUUGUAAACUGCUCCCUGUCUGUCCUCCGGUUUGUCUUUGUCCUUGACAUUAGUAAGCAGUCGCCGUAGAGUGGUUAUCGGUUUGUGUGCAACAGGUAUAUUGUAAGGUUGUAAUAUACGUGGAAUAGUUUCAGAGGUGCCUCUGAUGUACGGUAUAGUCGCUGUCGUAACAGGGCCAGAGUUGGUCUGAGUGUUGAAUUUGGCUUUUGUAUGAUGUAAAUAAUAAUGCAGAUCCCUCUCCAAAAAUCCCUGAAACACCCAUGCUCUUUCCUUUCCCUUUGCAAUGUUGAGAUGUGAUUGCAAAGUUACUUGGCUACAACAACAUUGCAAAAGGGAGGUGGGGGGGGGGGAAUGGAAAGAGAGCGAAAUUUCAAAAGUGUUUUAAGGUUUUUGCCUGAAAUUGUAGCCUCAUAAAAUAAUUGUUAAUUAAUUUAUUCACAUAUUCUACAACUAAUAAACUAAUCGGCCAAUAAACUAAACAAUAUAAUUUCCUGUUAUUUUUUUAGGAAAAUAUAUGAUGAAUUGGCGAGGAACAAUAGUUUUGAAAGAUCCUUUAAGUCUGACGAUAAACCAGCAGUUGCUAUGGGAACUCAAGCCUCAAACUGUGAUUGAGUUUGGUGCCUACAAGGGUGGCUCGGCUUUGUGGACAGCUGACAUGUUAAAGAUAUUUGAGUGUCAGUCACGUGUCAUUUCAAUUGAUAUCGAUUUGUCUUUAUUGGAUGCUACAGCCAGAAGUUCCCCACAUGUGGAGUUUAUUGAGGGAAAUUUGUUUCAAGUUGAAAAAUGCUUGCCUGAAGAAUUUUUAAAGGUACUAUUAUUAAUAAAACGCCAUUUAUGGAGGUUAUAUUCAAUUGGUUUAAAUCAUAGUUAGAAAACCGAAGUCGAAUAUGUUCUGUUAGUGGUUCACUUUCCAAAACCUGCUCUCUUCAAUGUGGUAUCCCUCAAGGGACUAUACUGGGUCCUCUGUUAUUUUUGCCAACCUGUUUGAAUGAAGACUUGCUAAACAUCAGCAAAUGGUUGAUCGCCAACAAACUCACACUUAACAUGACUAAGACUGAGUUUAUCCUAAUCGGCUAGAGACAAAAGCUAAACACCCUAACUGCCUGUCCCGUUCUGAGCAUCAAUGGUACUCUCGUAAACCAGGUAUCGACGUCAAAAUCUCUAGGUGUACUCAUUGAUGCAAACCUUACCUGGGGCAGUCGUAUCGAGAAGUUGGCUGAAAAAAUUGCCUCUGGUAUUGCAGCUAUCAAACGGGUCAGGCAAUUUGUUCCCCAGCAACAUUGCAUCUUAUCUACAAAGCCUUGAUUCAGCCGCAUUUCGACUAUUGCAAUGUUGUUUGGGGAAGCUGUGGAAUAAAACUAGCAGACAAACUUCAAAAACUCCAAAAUCGUGCAGUGCGAGCUCUAACCUUCUCAAGAUAUGACGCAAAUACAUCGCAGCUGUUCCAAAAUUUAAACUGUAAAAAUCUUAGUACUCAGCGUGAUAUCCAAAAGGCUUUAAUGGUUUUCAGGGCCCGCGGAGGGCCGAACCGAACCACCUUUUUUAAGUGUAGUUGGGGUGGGGGGGGGGGGGGAGGGAAGCGGGUUGCGGGGUUGUGAACUUUUGAAAUGGUUUACCUGGUGCCGACUAAAUAUUUUUUAAUACAGUUACAACUCAUCAAUCAUUUUUUUAAAAUAGUUUAACAAACGAAAAAGGGGUUAGUAACAAAAAAAGUGUACCCAUGCACAGCAGCAUCAUAAUUUUCGAGUUUUUCAUUCACUUUCAAUAGUCCUAAAAAAAGAGAUUAAGAUUGUAAACAAGUAAGCUGCUACGGUUGAAUCACUUAUCGACGGUCAUCGUGUGAAAAAUGUCAUUUCAUGAACCUCGUGAAGCCUUAGUUUGCACUUUUUCUGAUGGCAUCAUCACUGAAGAAGAGUUUCUUUUUCUUUACGAAUUUAAAUUUUCCUCACUUGGCAUACGAGCCUUUCAGCCUUGAUAACUUUGACAGCAGUGAAGCUAAAGCUGAAUUUAGAGUAGACAAAGAAGAUAUCCCUUUAAUGGCUAACGCUUUACAGGUCCCAGAAAGUUUUCGAUGCCCUCAAGGAACAGGUAAAGCUGUCCGCAACUUCACUUGUCUCAUUUCGUUAUUUUUUCAUAACUGAGAUAAUACUACUGCACUAAAUGUCAAAACUAAAGCAUAUUUGACUGCAAUGAAAUAAAUAUGUUUCUUUCAAUCUACUUUGUUCAGGUGUAGAAGGACUAUGUUUACUCUUAAAACGACUAGUCUGCCCUUGCCGUUACGAUACUGGAUUUAUGAAAACCAUUUUCACCGACUAACUUCGUGGAACAACCAGCCCUUUUUAUCGCCUGCUAAUCUUCAGCUUUAUGCACAAGCUAUAUCAAGAAAAGGGAGUCCUCUGAAAAAUUGUUUUGGUUUUGUGGACGGAACUGUACGUCAAAUUUCAAGACCUGGUGAUAACCAGCACUUGGUGUAUAAUGGUCACAAACGUGUGCCCGCCCUUAAGUUGCAGGCAGUUGUGAUCCCCAGUGGUUUAGUUGCUAACUUAUAUGGACCCGUUGAAGGACAGCGUCAUGAUGCUGGGAUGCUUGAAGAAUCAGGGCUUCUUAACAUCUUUUAUCAUUAUUAUUUUUUAUUAUUAUUUUAUUUUAUUUCGCACACACAAACAAUUACAAUACAUUACAUUUACAAUUCAUUACAGGUAACUGUUAUCGUUUACAAAAAAGAAAUAAAAAGAAAAAGAAAGACAAAGUCCACAAAAAUACUAUAGUUUAUAUAUUAAUCAACAUCUUACAAAGAAGGGCAUUAACACCUACUGGAGAUGUUCUUUGCAUUUAUGGAGAUCCUCCGUAUCCUCUUCGACCACAUUUGAUGGGUCCCUACCGUGACAACCCACUGACCCCACAGAUGAGGGCAUUCUAUAACGCCAUGAGUGAAGUCAGUGUAUCCGUAGAGUAGCUUUUUAGCGAUACAGCUGAAAGCUUUAAAUUCAUGGAUUAUAAAAAAAAUCUCAAACUUGAGAUGAGUGCAGAAGGUAAACAAGGUAAACAAUACAUUAUAAGUGUUCUUUUCAGGAACAUCCUCGCAUGUUUGUAUAAAAAUACAACUUCUAACAUUUUUGAGGUAGACUCCCCCUCACUGUUGCAAUACUUGGCAUAGAAAUGUCAUAAAAGUAUCCUGAAUGGCACCAGAUAACUUUGAUAAGGUAGAUUUCGGGGGAAUUGAGACUCACUGGGUCAAUUAAACACAACUUUAAUGUGAAGACACUUUACAAACAACAAACCCAUGUUUGAAAAUAACGUUUUUUGUUUAUUAAAUUUCACUGUCCAUAAAGUUAUAUUUCAAUGUCCACUAAUGAAAAUCCAACAAGUGCACGGCAUGAACAAAGCUACUUAUCAUUUUGGUUUAGUUUAGAUACAACUGCAAGCAUUAAUGUUUGCAUUUGCUGCUGCAGCAUUGGUAACUUUUGCUGCAUAAGAUCCUGGCGCUUUGCUUCAAGGGAAGUCACUGAGUCUCUUGUUUAUGGGCAGUUGUCUCCCUUCUGGCUUCUGCUUCCUUUUCAGCCAUCUCUUUUUUUAAACACUUCUUUUUCCUAGCUUCUGCCUAUUUUUCAGAUCUGACUUAAAGAAAUUGUAGAGCCUCACUUGUUCUUCUCUUCUUCCUUCUAACUUUUGAUGCCUUAGAUAUCUCUUCAUCUUUUCCUGAUUCUUCGUCAUCACUCACUUGAUCUUUAACUUCCUUUCCCUUUGACCAUGUGUUCAUUGCUUUGUCUCGAGCUGCCUUGGCUUGGAUCCUUUCUUUCUUCUAUAAACAUAUAGGGUCAAUUAUUAAUUUGUGUUCAAAUUUUAGCGCAUUGAAUUUUAUUGUUCUCACAUUCAUAAUGCUAAUUGCUUUUCAAUCUAUUAGCUCAGGAAUAGGCAGCUCGUUUAUUUGAUAGCAAUUGCAAAAAAAAAACAAACUACAAAUGCAGCAAAGCGGGCGGCAUAACUAACAGUGUGAUUUAAAUAACCUAAAAUUACAAAUAAGUAACUUACAAUUCAUAUCAGAGAAGCUAUAAACACUAUCAGAAUAAACCUAUAACGGACUUAAUAUAAUAUACUAAAACUACAAAACUGCACACUGAACAGAGAUAUGUGGAAACGUGAAUUAAGAAAAAGAAAAGGGCCAUCGAGAUAAGUAAUAAGUACAAACUAGAGAACAUCAAGAAAGGAAGAAGGCACAAACCGAAAGCGAACAAACGCUGCAAUAGAAAACUAAAGCGAACUGUACGAUUUGCAAAGGCCUUGUUCAGACGCCGCACUUUCCAUGAGCCGAACCUAAUUCGAAUUAAGACCGACCCAAAUUAUUUAGACGGACUGAAUUGAUUCAGACCCCGAUCUUAAUUAAGAUGCCCUAAGAUGCCUUAAGAUCAUCUUUCUGCAAUCUGUUCCGGUAGAUUUUGCGUCUCGAUCGCAUGACUCGAUCGAAAAGUUCAACCACAGUUCAAAAGCCGGUGCCAUUUAUCCGUGUCUAAUAAAAGUGUAACAUUUCAACCGUUUUGUUGCUCGGCGUCAAACAAUAAUAGAGGGUGACAUUUCUUCGUUUAGACAAAUGUCUACGCACCCACCUCCCAGCAAGGAGGAAAAUUUAAAAAAAAUGUUUGCAUCAGCUGUUUGAGUUUUUUCAACUGUAGUUGAUCUUUUCGAUCGAGUUAUGCGACCCAGACGCAAGAUCUACCGGAACGGAUUGCAGAAAGAUGAUCUUAAGGCAUCACAUUGUGGAUUCCGCUGCGUAAAAUGUAAGUGUGUUUGUUUUUUCGCGUGAAAUUUGGAGCUGAUUCUGAGCAGCUCUAAAGGUCUAUCGAGCGAUUCUGAGCAACCUCACUCCCCACGGCGUUUUGGUUGAUGUCCAUUUUUCUGGCAUUUAUGCUGUACUCUUGAAACCAUUUUUCACAUAUUGCAAACGUCUUCAAAAUUUGGUCAACGCUAGCUGGUUAUGAAGAAUACUCCGUGGGGUUUGAGCCAAUCGGAAACGGAGAAUUUUUGAAUGAAUAAUAAUGUAUCUUAACCAGAAAUCAAGUUCAAUUAGUAAACAAAAUAUACAUGUUUUAGUGAGUGCGUAUUACUUUUAGAUUUUCUUCUAUCCAGUUAUGAAACUUGCUUUCACUAUAGGACGCCAGUACUACCAUUCAAACUUCAAACACGUUAUUAUGGUUUCCUUCACAGAAUCUAAGUCAUCCGUGGCUUCUAGUAGAAGACGCGCACGUAAAUAUGAUUGGCGUAUUGGAAUACUUGCACAAAUUCAUGCAACCUGGGGACUACAUUUGCGUCGAAGAUACAAAUCCACUAACUCCCAUGAUGGGUGGACAAGGACUUGUAAAAGAACUCGGCUAUGGGCUCUAUGGUCCCACCAAGAUGAACACCCUCAGGAACUUCUUGAUGGAUCACCCGGGCAAAUACUUGGUGGAUACAAGAUACACCGACAUGUUUGGGUAAGAAGAGAUCAUUCCUUUCAAAGACAGUGCAAAACAAAAAUCGCUUUGAGUGUCUGUAAUUGGGGACAGUACCUUUAUGUCUCAGUUGUUUUUAAAACCCUGAGUAUUGGUCCGGCCCCUGGAUGGAAUCUAACCCACGACCUCACGCUCUGCAGUUAAGCGCUCUACCGACUUAGAGCAAAUCCUUCCGCGGUUUAACAUUUUAAAGGUCACUUUUGCUCUAAGAUAUUUGAAAAACAGACAUCUCGCAUUGCCUAUGUUCUAAUAGCCUAGAGAAUCGACUUCAUGACGUUCAGAAGUCAAGUGGGGUCUACGAAGCACAGGCAAGUGGCUUCACUGCAAAGUUGCGAACCUGCCGUUUGCUAUUUGCCGUUAUCGCGAGAAAUCUGGGUGCUAAAUAUCUCUAUUACCCCAUGAACUCGAAAAUAUUAUAUUCAAAGCCAUUUUCCCUUGGAACCUCUGCCGGAAAACGCAUCUUUGAAGCUGUUCGAGCCGCAUUAAACAUGAAUGCAAGACUAUAUUUCAGGAAAAUAAGAGAUUUUUGGCGGUAGAAAGCCGAACAUUGCAUUUGAACAUACGAACGGGGCGAAUAAAACUCGUCUGCGAAGUGAUACUCAAAAUAAAUGUUCGUUUACCUCGAAUUUCGCUGUUAUUUUCAAGCUUAUGGCACAGAUCGCUUCCAUGUGAUCUUUGAAGAACCUCUGGCGUUUCUUGACCGCUGAAACGACCGCAGAAACCCGCGCGGGAAGUUUGUCGCGGUUAUGGUUACGGCUUCGUUGCUAGGGAACGGCGGACACGAAGCAGCCAACUUGUGUUUUUGCCUCCCUAGGCGAUCACGCACGUUCCAGGCGCGAUGCGAAUUCCGUAUAAACCUUGCUUCGUUAGGAAUCAAUUGAAUUAAUAAAGUAAAUUUUAGCCAGCGUCUAGGAGAGAUUCAAAAGCUGACGAUUCAAGUGCUAGUUCUUCGUCUGGGUGCUUAAAAUGUCGGCUUCAAACGGACCGGCGCAACAUUGUUGGCCCAACAAUGUUGGGAGUUGCUGCGUCUGCGUCGGCAGUGGUGUGGAAACGGACGCAACAACUCCCAACAAUAUUGGGACCUGCAGUGCUUCGUAGGAAGGAUACAACCCAUAAGACUUUAAAGACCAUGCGCAAUUUGCGUACGUGGCCGCAACAAUGUUGGAAGAGCUGUGCAAACGGAUCAAACAUUGCGCCACGUGAUCACGGAAAUAUCAUAUCAUGGGCAAUAUCAUAAAACCUUCUGAAGAAUUUCGCAAAUUAUAAAACUUGUGGUAACAAACUUAAUUCCUCCCUCCGGAGCAUACCCAAAUUAAAGUAAAUCCAUGAAGUGAAAUUGAUUGCAGAUACAACUCUGGGAACUAAAGCUACGUGCAAACGGACGUAAAAACUCCCCUUGUUGCGUCGGUUUGCACGUAGCUAAAAUUUUGACCGGUUUCAAACUUUGCGUAACAACUCCCUACAACACACAACAACAUGCAACGGGGUGUGCAAACGGACGAAAUAUGUAACAUCUAACAGGCAAUGUUUGGAGUUGUUUGCCAACAAUGUUGCGACCGUUUACACGGGGCUUAAAACACUGGUAGAAUCGGUACGAUAUCCGGGAAUUCAUCUGCGAGCGAAGAUGAGUUGAAAUUUGUAUAAGGUCCGCCCUCACUUAUAUGAUUGAAGAAAGAGAAAACCGAAAAACCCUUCGAAGUUUGAUAAGUAGCAGCGCGAUACAACAAAUUUAGGUGUAAAAGUCACCAGAACGUUUAUAUCACCUUAUAUUUUUAUUUAACUGUUGUUUUGUUUAUUUACUUCAGGUAUAAUGCCUCUUGGAACAUGAAUGGUUAUCUGAAAAGAGUUUAAUCUUCAAGCCAAUUGUGUGUUAUUUACUUACUUCUAGACUGGAACAUUAAAAUACGUGAUUUAAAGCA